AUGGAGUGGAAGAAGCAAAAUAAAACAUAUCAGAUCCUGACAGCCGCUGAGAAAGGGGGUUAUGGAGUAGUAGCACCAAUUGCAUACAAUAUCGAAGGCAUAAUCGGCAUGGUUGCCGCCGCCGAAGCCAAGUCCUCCCCCCUGAUAAUCCAGAUGUUCCCCUGGGCCCUUACCUUCAGCAACGGGCUUCUCGUGCACGCCGCCGCGCAAGCAGCGCGCGACGCCAGCGUGCCCAUCGCCGUGCACCUAGACCACGCACAAGACGAGGCGCUCAUCAAGCGCGCCGCAGACCUGCCCUUUGACUCCAUCAUGGUCGACAUGUCGCACUACGAGAUGGACGAGAACCUACGCAAGACCAGAGAGCUGGUCGAGUAUUGUAACGAGAGGCGUAUUACGACCGAGGCGGAGCCGGGGCGCAUAGAGGGCGGCGAGGAUGGCAUUGCGGAUACGGCAGAUUUGGAGGGGAAGCUGACGACGGCGGAGCAGGUGGAGAGUUUUGUGGCGACGGGUAUUGAUUUUUUGGCUCCUGCGUUUGGGAAUGUGCAUGGCGAGUAUGGGAGUAGAGGGCCGGUGCUGGAAUAUGAGAGGCUUGAAGCCAUCAGGAUUGCUACGGGCGGCCGAGUCAGGAUAGCUCUGCAUGGGACGAAUGAUUUUCCGGAAGAUGUCAUGAAACGCUGCAUCAAAGGAGGUGUGUCCAAGGUCAAUGUCAACAAGUUGAUUCUAGACGAUUAUCUGCAACACCUGAAGAAAAAUGCUUCGACCAUGUCUUUGACGGUGUUGUUGGAGGAGGGUGUCAAGGAAGUCCAGCGCAUGAUGGAGUGGCAGAUGGAUGUUUGUGGAUCUACUGGAAAGGCGUAA